AUGAAUAUCGUCGUCGACGUGAUGCAGCGCGAGAUCCAAAAUGAAGAAAAGCGGAUGAAGAAAGUGGAAGACGACACGGCGGCAUCAACAGGUGAAGCACAAAAGAAGAUCGAGGAAGGACAUAAACAAACUGAAUUAAACAUUAAAAUAAUGAAAGAAAUUGAUGAAGAAAAAAAGUACGUGGAAAACAAAGAAAAUCCGAAUUAG